UUCUUGGACGCGAUUGUGGGGACGGUGGACACGCUGGACGCGGAGCAGGAUCCACGCAGGAGGCACAACCCGGACACCGUAUUCUUCAUUUGCGGCUUUAACACGAUGGAGCCAGCCUUCGGUGAGGUGAACCAACUCGGUGGUGUUUUCGUGAACGGCAGGCCGCUCCCCAACGCCAUCCGGCUCAGGAUAGUGGAGCUGGCGCAGCUCGGGAUUCGACCUUGUGACAUUAGCCGGCAGCUGCGCGUCUCCCACGGCUGCGUCAGCAAGAUCCUGGCCCGCUACAACGAGACCGGCUCCAUCCUCCCGGGGGCAAUCGGAGGCAGCAAGCCGCGGGUCACCACACCCACCGUGGUCAAGCACAUACGGACAUACAAGCAGAGGGACCCGGGGAUUUUUGCCUGGGAGAUCCGGGACAGGCUACUCGCCGACGGGGUUUGCGACAAGUUCAACCUGCCCUCCGUCAGCUCCAUCAGUCGGAUCCUGCGCAACAAGAUCGGGAAUCUGUCCCAGCAGAGUCAGUACGAGUCGGGCAAGCAGGCGCCUCAUCCACCGCCACAACCAACGUUACCCUACAACCACUUGUACUCAUACCCGACCUCCAAAGUGCCCACUCCCCCUGGCAUGCCCACCCUUCCCGGACACAUGGCCAUGCACAGGAUAUGGCCCUCCUCGCACUCUGUAACAGAUAUUCUGGGGAUACGGUCUAUUACAGAGCAACAAAUUAGUGACAGUCCAUCCUUUUCCAGCGCCAAACUAGAAGAAUGGAGCGCUAUAAACAGGACUAAUUUCCCAGCAGCAAGCUCUCCACUAGUCAAUGGUGGCAUGGAUAAACCGCAUUUAGAACCUGAAGCAAAAUACACACAGACGCCGAGUGGAUUGCCCACAGUGAACAGCUAUGUCACAGCGCCCAGCAUCCCUCCCUACCACCCUCCCACCCAAGUGUCACCCUACAUGGGGUACAGCGCCACCACGUCGGCCUAUGUGACCGGACCCACGUGGCAGCCGGCCAGUGGCAGUGCUCUAUCUCCCCGCAGCUGUGACAUCGCCGCCCCCCUGGCCUUCAAGACCAUGACGGCCAACCGUGACGCCAUCCACCCGGUCGCCGCCUCGGCGCUGUGAAGUCACAGACUGAUUGGGGGGGGGAGGAGGCGGAAGGGGGGGAGAGAUGGGAGAGGACGAGGAGACUCCGAGUCUGUCCCUCCCGUGGCUUUCGUCUAGCUCCCACCGCCACCUUUUCGAUGAAGGACUCGGGGCCCCCACCAGGACCCAUAUUUGCGACGCCCUCCUCCCCUUCUCCCUUCCAGCUAAACACACUCAGACCAAAGACACACGAGGAAUAAACAGUCUGUCAAUUCUUUCCAGCAAAGCGUGUUGUCUGAAAAGAACUGGCAGGACAGGUGUUCUGAAGGACUGAUGCAUGACUGCUCCUCCAUCCAUCAACGUAGUCCCUCUCAGAUUCUUUACUGCACACUUCUGCAAAUGUCUGUGGGCAAAACGGGGUAAUGUAUAACUUCAUGAAUAUGCAAUCCAAGAAAAGGGGAAAAAAACUUUGCAUUAGUGUUUCAGGGUGCUUAUUAAUUGCUAUUGUUUUUUUUGUUUUUUUAAUGUUUGUAUGCUUUUUGUUGUUGUUGUUUAUGAUUUGAUAAAACUUAUGGAGCAUUUGUUUUUUUUUUUUUUUUUUUUUUCCCCACUUCUCUGAAAAUGUAGCUUUUGCAAGAGCUCCAAAAAGGGAAGUUUAUUUAUUAGAUUAAGGUACGUUGAAUGAAGUGCAAUUAGCCUUACAGAAAGCAUGGACGUCUCCACGCACAUGUAGACAAAAUUGGCAUUGGUCUCACGUUGGAGUCUGGAGCAUUAACAAUUGACAAAUGUUGCACAAUGAAAUUGAAUGUAUCUUAUUAAAUUGUUAUUGGUCUUCA